AUGGUGAGUCCCAAAAUGGACAAGCUGACAAGGGGUUCUGGAUUCAGGAGAAACACCUCGGUUAGGUCUUGGCAGCCAGCAACCACACCUCUGGGGCAACCAGUCUCAGCUCCAUCUGUGUCUCUUGGCAGCAGCCAACCCAGAAGACCUGUCGUUGCACGACCGGCUGCUCGGGCCUGGGCAGACGAGCAGGCAGCACUGCAGCAGGACCAGGUUCAACAGGAUAAGAUCUGGAGAGAGUCUGUGGAGGCUGAACAGAGAGGAAGAAAAAUCUGGUACCAGAACUGGAGUUUCCUAAAGGACUAUGACCAAAUGGGUAAGAAAAAGGAGCAGAAGCCACUGCCAAACUAUAUGCCUGUGUUCUCAAGCACACUGCCCAACUCGACCAACCAGACUAUUGGCAGUCGAAUGAACACUGAAUUUGGCAGGGCUCUGGUAAACAUGGAUUACUUCUUCAGCAGCGGAGCACGAAAGAGGAAACUUGAGGGUGAGCUUCAGCCUUCCUAG